UGCUCUCUCUGGAAGCUCACAUGAUCAUUGGAGCUGAGCAGAGCCGGCACAGACGUGCUUAUUUGCACGUUUUUUUUUGAGUAAACGCUUCGGCAGAUCGUGGGUAGAAGGACAGAAAAGCAGAGAAACACACAAGAGAAGGAAAGAGCUGAACCGACUGGGUUGGGGGGGAUAAACAGAACGGUGAAGCAGAGUGGGGAAAAAAGGCACAUUAUUAGAUAACAACACCAGCUUCCUGGUCCCUAUUUGAUUGAUCGACUACAAAGAGAAAACAUUUUAGAAGAUAGGAGCUAAAAAAAUUGUUUGUGGGAGAGAGACGAAAAAAAGACUUAAAAUGUCAGUUUCCAUUGUAGAAGACGAGAGCUUACACGGUUCAUGGGUGGAACUGAACUAUAGCCAGCAGAGCAACCCUAGGGUCUUGGAGCACAUCCCUUCAUCGAGUUCCAUCCACAAUGGCGACAUGGAGAAGAUCCUGCUGGAUGCACAGAAUGAAUCGGAAAAGAACAGUUCACGAGGCAGCUCCCACUGUGACAGCCCUCCAUUGCUGAUGAGCCCGCAGACGUCUCACAUUCCCACCGAGUUUGAUACUGGAAGCAUCGGAGAUACCAACAGUACUCAGUCUGAUGAAGAGAGCCAGGAGAGGAAUGGAGAGAUUGAGAAAUUACUGAGGAACAAUGCGGAGUGGAUCUGGUACUGGUCCAGUCGACCAGAAAAUGUACCUCCAAAGGAAUUUGUGUUCAAGCAUCCAAAAUAUUGUUCGAGCCUGAGUGUGCAGAAGACAGGCGUGAUGAAGAAAGGAGGGAUCUUCAGUUCCGAUUUUGUAAUGUUCCUGCUCCCGUCUCUCCUGAUCACUCACCUGCUAAUGCUGGGAGUGGGAAUAUACAUCGGCAAGCGAUUGGCUGCAUCGUCGGCGAGUACCUUAUAAAAAAAAACCUCCAGGAAGAUUGGCUCGCACCCGAUAAAUGACAGAGGUUUGACAUCGAACUCCUCACUCGUCCCUCGGUUCGACGGACAUCGGCAGCAGCCGUGAUGGAAGUUACAGUGAUUCGAAGCGUUUUCGCAGUUACCCCGUUUCGACCCACCGUGACAUCUCAUAUGUUCCCUCCUCCCCUGUAAUUGUCCUCGAUGUGUACAAGCUAUCCUCAGCAGCGCGGGUAGUUGGCUUUAGACUGCGUUGCUGUUCCUCUGCUCUUGCGGGUGCAGGCGGAAUCUGUCUUAGUAACACAGGGCUUGCACUCGGACUCUCUGCUGCAGGAUUUGUGUCGGGCCUGUGUGUGCCUGUGCACACAGGUGAACAUACGGCCAUGUGUGUGUCCUUCCCUCCUGUGUCCAAGUCCUGAAAACCUGUGUCCCCCGACCCUGAGUCAUUUUGUCCAAGAGUUACAACGUCAAUUGGUCCCUCUCCACGUCAACACCAAGGCAUCUUGGCAAUGCCUCGGUUUGCCUUGCACUGCCAAGAAAAAGAAAGCAGCUUCACUCUCACCACAGCUCAACAUUCCAGAAUGUCAGAUGACUUGUUUGGAAAUCCAUGGUGCUGUCACGGUAACGGCUAGAAAAGCAAGUUAAUGAUUAUACAUUUCUUUUUUUAAAAAAUGCGACAAAAACCAGGCUCAGAAAGGGCAAUUGGGGAUGAGCAAUAAAUGCUGUUGCAGUCCUGCAACUGAACAUAAGUUAAAGUAUGAAAUCAGGAAGUUCAGGUUGAGCCAUUUGGAAGUGAAUCCUAGAAAAAUGAACAUCUCACGUAGGCUAGAGAGAAUAGUGGAGGGUUUCGGGUUAAUAGUCCACCUGCAGACCAUUGAUGUUAAGGUUAGAUUUUGUUGCUGUAUCUCCCAGCUGUAGAAUGGGAGUUUGGCUAAAAAUAGAAUGGUUUGUGUCAUCAAUCAAGGAUGCUCUGUAACUCUUCUGGCAGCAAAGUGAAAGUGGAUUGCCGAACUGAUGCCAGAUAGUAUACCUCUAAGCACUGCUGAUUGAUUGGCCGAAGAAUCCAAAAUACCUGAACCCUGACCAUGAAUUAAACCUUAAGAUCUAUAAAGCUUCAUGGUACAAACCUGCUGUGACCAUGAAACGCAUUCCUCGUCAACCCCACGUUGGAGAUCAGCUCCUGGGACUGUGGUAAUCCUGAUACAGCUGUGAAAUCUGUCACAUUGUGUCAUCCCAUUUUAAAACUCAAUAGGAGGCCCGAAACGUCAGCUUUUGCGCUCCUGAGAUGCUGCUUGGCCUGCUGUGUUCAUCCAGCUCCACACUUUGUUAUCUAGGGUCACUUGCUUCUUUUCCUUGCUCUGCUGAAGGCACUUCAUUGUGGGCACAGUAAUAAGUCGCUGGAUAGGGUCAGGACCGUGUUACACUCCACGUCUUCAAUUUGGGGACUUAAGUGAUUCCUGGCUCCCACAGAAGGCAUUCCCAAGUGACUGAAUUCAAGCAGUUUGAGCAAGUCUGUUUGUUUUGACUCAGAGCUCACCCUCCCUGGUUUACGGAAGACCCUUUGAUCGACUCAGGGACUACAUUUUUCCUCAUCCCUUAACAAGAGAAGGGUCUGCUGCUUUAGUGGCAGUGCUUCUAGCUGGAAUUGAAACAGUGAGCUGAUAGAAGAGAAAUCCUUUGCUUUGGCUCUUUCACAACCUAGGGCACCUUGGAGCUACUUUUGUAGUCAUUGUACUAAUGUGGAAAACCAAUUGCACACAGCAAGGUCCCACAGAUAGCAAUAAGAUAGUGUGGGAUGGGCUUUUUAGUGGUUUUGUUUAGGGAUUAAUAUUGACCAGAGUGCAAUACUCCCUAAUCUUUGAAAUGAUGCCACGAAACUGACUGCCUCCCAAACAGCACCUCUGAAAGUGUGACACUCCCUCAUUACCGCACUGGUGUAUCUGCCUAGAUGUUACUCUCAAGUCUCAGGGGUGGGUCUUGAACGCACCACCUUCUGGAUCGGAGUUGAGGGUGCAUCAUUGCGUACUGAACCACAACUAAGCUGGUAA